AUGGCGGGCUUAUUUCGCCUCCUCAAAAUGCAAUACAUUCCUCCGACAGACCCGCGGGGGAUUACUCUCGCCGGCAAAACAGUCCUCUUAACGGGGGCCACCUCGGGUCUAGGCUAUGAGGCCGCUAUCAAAUUUCUCAAUCUGGGGGUCGACUCAUUAGUAAUUGGAAGUCGCAGUCUGGAGCGAGGGAAUCGAACUAAGGCUGAGCUUGAAAAAGUCACCAGCCGGCCAGGUGUCGUACAGGUCUGGGAGCUUGAGAUGAACAAUUUCCAAAGCAUCAAAGAUUUUGCCAAUCGUGUCAACAAGGACCUUCCCCGCGUCGAUAUCGCUUUACUAAAUGCCGGUCUCUGGAACCGUGAAUACAUGCUUUCACCCGAUGGAUACGAAGAGACCCUCCAGGUUAACACGCUGUCGACAUCACUUCUGGCCCUGUUACUUCUUCCCAAACUCCGUGAAUCCUCAGGCGUCGAGCCUACCCACCUGAGCGUGGUUUCAAGCCAGCAAUUCGCCCGUGUGAGGGCGGAAAACCUAACUGAGGGUCCCCUGUUAGAACAUCUGAAUUCCCAGGACAGGUUUCAAGGGCCCAAACAGUACGGUAUUUCCAAAUUACUACUGGAAUACGUUAUGAAAACUGUCGCGGAUCUGGUUCGCAAUAAGGAUGGCACAUUGCCCAUUAUUGUCAACACGAUCAGUCCUGGUUUGUGCCAAUCUUCCCUGACACGGCAAUACCGUCGGCGAUUUUAUGAGCGGUGGCUUUCAUGGCUGGCGUACCGGCUCUUUGCCCGAACGACUGAGCAAGGUAGUCGGUCUCUAGUAAGCGCGACACUUCAGGGUGUAGAGUCGCAGGGCAAAUGCUGGCGGAGUGAUGGGUACCUGGAUGAAUCCAAAGCCCUCACCACUGGGCACCAAGGGAAGGAAUUCCAAGACAAAGCGUGGAAAGAAAUCGUGGAGCUAUUGGAAAGCCAAGCUGCAGAAGUGCGCGACAUUAUCAAGGCCUUGGGGAACCAUGUUUGA